ACGAGCCCGUGGCUAGUGAGUAUUAUUGCCGUGAAGCCACCAUGGCGAGUUGAGACGUCUCCUUCACAUUUAACCCGAUCAAGCCUUCCUCAUGCUGCCUUUCGGAGUACACACUCGCCGCCUGUAUCCCCCAUGCGGCACAACACGGGGGUCGGCCUCUCAGAGACGGGAGAAUUGUUUGUCUGCAAAAUCGUUGCUGUAGGGGGGCCGUCUGACCUCUGCUGUGCGCAAGCAGAGACAUGAGCGUUGUCAGGGACUUGGAUGGGAUUGGGUUCAGGGGUGGCGGCGGCGGGGUGGUGGCCUCCCUGAGUGGCCCGACCCAUUUCACGGAGGAUGCGCCGCGGCCGCCGGUCCCAGGUGAGGAGGGCUCUGAUGUGGACAACCUGGUUCAGUCGACAGUCAGCCGUCCAGGCGGCCUCUCUCAGACACUCGGCUUUGCCCUGUCGUCUUCAUCUGCCAAGAUGGGGGAUUCCUCAAGCUACACGCCCUCCUCCUCGUCCGCCACCCCCCGCCGUUCCGACCUGGACUUGGGCUACGAACCGGAGGGCUCGGCCUCGCCCACGCCGCCGUACCUGAAGUGGGCCGAGUCCCUCCACUCGCUCCUGGAUGACCAGGAAGGAAUCCAGCUGUUUCGGAACUUCCUGUGCCAGGAAGGGUGUGCGGACCUCCUGGACUUCUGGUUCGCCUGCUCGGGGUUUCGGAAGACCAGCCAGGAUAAGAGGACCAAGCUAGCUAAGGCCAUCUACAGGAAGUACAUCAUGGACGGAAGCGGGAUUGUCUCCAGGCAGAUCAAGCCGGCCACUAAGAGCUUCAUCCGAGACUGUGUGGGGAGGCCGCAUCCGGACCCCGCCAUGUUUGAGCAGGCCCAGACGGAGAUCCAGGCCAUGAUGGAGGAGAACACCUACCCUUUGUUCCUCAAGUCAGACCUGUACUUGGAGUACACGCGGUCGGGAGGGGAGAGCCCCAAGCUGAACCCGAACGAUCAGAGCCCUUCGUCAGGGCCUGCUAAGCCAGUGCCUGGCUGUUUGCCUACGCUGCCCGAGGAUGAGGAGUGGAGGUGCAGAGGCGGUCCGAGGGAAGCGGAGGAAGAGGAGGAAGAGAAGGAAGAGUGCGGAGACACACCAGUUGGAAGGUUGACCCACAGCCUGCUGAUGAAGACGGUACCACAGAGAUCUUCGGCCGGCAGGAGGCGGCAGGACAGCAGGGAGUACAGACCUUGGAGAGAGCCAGUGAACCCGUACUACGCCAAUAUGGGCUAUGCUCGCGCCCCCGCCACCAGUGCCAAUGACAGUGAGCAGCAGAGCAUGUCAAGCGACGCCGACACGCUGUCGCUGACCGACAGCAGUGUAGAUGGUAUCCCUCCUUAUAGGUAUCGCAAGCAGCAUCGCAAGGAGAUGCAUGAAAGUGCCAAAGCUAACGGACGUGUGCCCCUACCUCAUAUACCUCGCACGUAUCGCAUGCCAAAGGACAUCCAUGUAGAGCCUGAGAGGUUUGCAGCUGAGCUCAUCAGGAGGCUGGAGAUGGUUCUGAGAGAGCGGGAGGCUGAGGAGCGUCUGGAAGAGCGGCUGAAGAGAGUACGGCUGGAAGAGGAGGGCGACGACGCCGACAUCUCCGUCACGACCUCCAUGUCUUCCCACAGCAUACCACUCCCCCUCCCCUCGUCAUUCCCCCCUCUCUACGGCGCUCACUACUCAGAGACCACCGCCAACACAGGAGCCGUGGCCACGUACGGCGGCCUGGUCGCCAUGGAGGAUUCCCACGAUGACGACCCAGAGUCCAUUCUGGACGAGCACGUGCAGCGGGUGAUGAAAACGCCGGGAUGCCAGUCGCCGGGGGCAACCAACGGCACCUUAGGAGGGGGCGGCCGACAGACGCCUCCCAAGUCAUCACGGUCGCCCGAUGGCGGAGUUGGCCCGCCUCACUACCCGCUGCACCGAGGGGGGGUUCACAGUCUGCCUGCUUCUGGGGUCAAAGGUAUGCAUCACCACAAGCAGCUGUACCACCACAGAGGAAGAGAAGGCCAGGAGGAGACGGGAUCCAGGUCUCAGCCCAACUUCCUUUGGAAUGGCGAGCCAGCUAGCCAGUAUGCAACCAGAAGUCGAAACUACGCCGACGGGGCCGGAGCCAGCACCCUGGAUGGAAUGGGUUACAGCAGUAAAGGGAGCACGCUAUCACGACGUGGCAAAAAACCAUUGGAGGCGUCGGGCAAAGGCGACGAGGGUGGGCGUGGUAUGGAUACUCAGGUACCUCUGGAUGACCUGGAGAGGAACCAGAAGAUCCUCCAAUGGAUGAUUGAGGGCGACCGGCAGAGGAAAAGCUCACACGGUGGUAGCACCAGCAGCUCCAGGCGGACGGGAGGCAGCAGCGAGUCGCCACGUCCCACUUCGGUGGAGCGACCUGGUGCCGUCCACCCAUGGGUCUCGGCGCACCUGCGCAACAACCCCUCCUCGGUGUCCCCCGCCAUUGUCUCCCACCCGGUGGCAGCAGCGGCACAGGUGCAGCCCUCGCACCCUUUCAUUCAGGACCCCGCCAUGCCCCCCAACCCUGCUCCCAACCCCCUCACCCAGCUCGAGGAGGCCAAACGGAGGCUGGAGGAGGAGCGGAGGAGGGCGGCGCUUCAGCAAGCUAAGCAGAGGCACAAGUCUGCCAAGCGUCAAGUGUGCGAGAACAUGACUGUGGCCUACUACUUCUGUGGUGAGCCAAUCCCAUACCGGACCUCGGUCAAAGGUCGAGUGGUGACUCUGGGCCAGUUCAAGGAGCUGCUGACCAAAAAGGGGCACUACAGGUUCUACUUCAAGAAAGUCAGCGACGAGUUUGACUGCGGCGUGGUGUUCGAGGAGGUCAGAGACGAUGAUGCCAUACUGCCCAUCUUCGAGGAGAAGAUCAUCGGGAAGGUGGAGAAGGUGGACUGAAGCAGGUGGCGAAAGUGAGGUGAAGAUCCACCAGGAGGAGCACGUUUGGGACAAAUGCAGUAGAGAUGGAGGAAAAGAAAAGCAAGUCAGAUAAACGAACGGAGAAGCGUGUGAAUGAAAGUGUGGCAGGAGCUGAUGGAAUAUCUGCAUCAUGUUUGGAUCACAAUGGAAGAUGACAUCUUUUCUUGCCUUCACUGUGGACCUUUUUUAAAUCUGGUGUCUGUCCACUCUGCCACAACCAUGGGGAGAAAAGGGCGAGGUUUAAGUCUUCCACUUCUUCUCCGGAGGAGCCUGUCCUCCUCCGCAGACAGACCAUUACCAUGCUGCUACAUGAUCACGGCGCUCACAGGCACCCCACCUCGUCUCCCUUCCUCAUCAGCUUCCGAGGAGAGGAUGAGGACGGAGGAUCAAAGGGAAGCUGCUCCUCUUGUCCAUUUGGAGGACAUCACGCGGCAAUGUCUCCAAUUCAACAGUUCUCUACACGUGUUUACCAAAGCUACAUUUUUUAGGUUUGUGUUUUGAUGGGACAAGUAUGUACAAGACAGGUACUAUGACAUAUGAAUUAAUGCAGCCUAGUUGACAUAUCUCCACCUAAUGUUCUAUUAUCAUGUACAUUUAAAAAAAAAAAAAAAAAAGCUCAUUCUUUUACCAUUUCAGGACCUUGCCUCCCCAAAUCCCAUUUCUUCGUUUUUUUUUCUUACACAACAUCUUUGUACACAUUUUUAUUCCUACCCCUCACCAACCAGUCGUGAAGUAUCAUGAACGUAGAGAGCACGCUUGACAAUGUGCCGUCCUGGCCACUCACAUUUACCCACCAAGUCGAGGUGCCUACGCUGCCCACGCCUGAACCAGCCAAAGACCACAAAUCCGCCCCCACCCCCUCAGUCGUUCGGAUAUUACAACCUUUGUAGUGAAAUGUUUUUUUUUUGUUUUUUUUUUUUAGUUUUGAGCAUUUCAACCAAGGCACAAUGUAAAAAAUGUCUUUCUAAAUUAAAAAAAAAUAAAUAUUGGAAAGCUACAUGGCGAGUGGCUAGAACAGCAUUUAAUAUGCUAGCGAGUAGAUGGACAUUCUAAAGUUGACAAACUUAAAAAGUCAUCCCACGAAAAUUUUUCAUCUUAAAUUAAUCAGUUUAUUUAAUAAUAAUUUAUACAUUGUUGCUGUACAAUUUAUAUUUAAAAAAAAAAAAAAAAAAAAAAGCUACAUGCUUUUUGUUGGACAGCAGAAUUAUGUUGUUGAUCUGUAUCAACCACAACAAUGUUCAUGACUAAGAUGGCUCUUCUUUCUACGGCAAACUAGUCGAGCCCAAAUCAGCAUCGCCUCUGCUGGUCGCAGCCAAGCAGUGCGUUCCACACAACUUUUCCCUCUGCGGAUGAUCUGUUUUUAAGAGGUGAGGUUUAUCGCUCUGCCAACUUGACCAAGAAAUAUGGGUAAAUCUAAGUAUUUCCUAAAUUGACCUUUUCGAGUCCUCCCAUCAUAAUGAGCAAAAAGGAGUUUGAAUGUUAACGAGUCUGUUGGACAGGAACCAGGUGAAUGUAACUUUCAUGGAGGUUUAAUGUUAAACUAUGAAUGAAUGAAUGUGCUUUUCCACCAGGAAGUGGACCUCUGCUGACUUCUUUCUUUGUCCUGGGGAGGGAAACUAGCAUAGCAGCCUGAAAACCUGUUAUAUGCCUUGGAUAUGACUUUUUUUUCCAACUGAUUUGUUUAUUGAAAAAAAAUAAUAAUUUGAAUAACCAAGCAUGUUUAUAAGGAAUGUUUUCCGGUCCAUUUUAUGUUUAUCUGCAAAUGGCAACAUCUGUUUUGUUGCCAGUUUGUGUGAAACACAGUGCCUUUUUAUCUCAGCUUCUUUUUGUUUAUGAAGCAAUUAAUCGGUUUAAUGUGUAUUUUUUCCCCCCCUCACUUUGACCUAUUGUAAUUAUUUUAUAUAUAUUUUUUUUAGCUUCCAGACAUGCUCGGCCACUCCCUCCUUGUCCUAUGAUGAUGGUCUGCUGUAAAUAUGUACAUUUAUCAUUUCAUACACGCCUUUCUCUCCCGCGCCACACGUCCAGGUGUUGUUGCCAAGAUGUCACUGAUGUGCUGGUUCCACUUGUACAUUUCUUUGCAAAAGGUACUUCAUAAUAAAGAUGUUGGAUAAA